GUAUUUUAUAUCACUGUACCAUAGUAACUAGAGACACAACAAAGAACCACUAAUAGCAAGCAAGAUGUCCUGAGAUUUUGUUCAUUGCUUAUAGACUAUAGAGAUUAGGUUGCAUGCCCUAAAAUGGUGAGCAGCCGGGGGAUUUGGUGUGCCGGGCUAGGUUUGACAUCCCUGCUGCUGCUGCUCUACCUCCAUCUUGCCACGGAGCUCAGCAACCUCCAUACUGUGCUCAGACUUGCUGGUGCUCCGGUACACACAAGCUUUUUACAUGGGUCUCUGGGUCUAGGUGGGUCAGGCCAGGUUGGCAGCAAGACCCUAGACCUUGAGGAGCUGGUGAUCAUCUACAACAGAGUUCCUAAGACAGGCUCCACGUCCCUUAUAGGACUUGCUUAUGACUUGUGCUCCAUCAAUGGCUUCAAUGUCAUCCACAUCAACACGUCAAGGAAUUCGCCCACACUCUCCUUGUCUGACCAGAUGAAGUUUGUGUACAACGUCUCAAACUGGUCCGAGAAGAAGCCUGGCGUCUACCAUGGCCAUCUUGCCUACAUCGACUUUGCUAGGUUCGGGGUGUCACGUGUUCCCGUGUACAUAAAUGUGGUGCGGGCGCCGCUGGACCGCCUCGUGUCGUACUUUUACUUCCUGCGCUACGGCGACGACCUCAGACCCAACCUCGUCAGGAAGCGCCAGGGUGACAAGAUGACGCUGGACGAGUGCGUGCUGAAGCAGCACGUUGACUGCAGCGCCUCCAGGCUGUGGAUCCAAGUACCCUUCUUCUGCGGUCAGCACGCCGAGUGCUGGGUGCCGGGGUCGGAGUGGGCGCUGCAGCAGGCUAAGCACAACCUGGUUGCCCACUACCUGCUGGUGGGCAUCACGGAGGAGAUGGAGAGCUUCGUCGCCCUCCUCGAGGGCGCUCUGCCGCGGGUCUUCCACGGCGCUCUCCAGCUGUAUCAGCGAGGUAACAAGUCUCACCUCCGCCGCACCGUCAGGAAGGUGAUGCCCUCUGAGGACACUAUCGCCAGGCUGCAGAACACCAAGGUGUGGCGGCUGGAGAACGACUUCUACCACUUCGCGGCCGAACAGUUCCACUUCACAGCUCGCAAGGGCCUAACGCUCGACGCCGGCCGUCUCGCCCUCAAGCGCAAUAACUUCAACUACGAGAAGAUCAAACCCAAGCCAAACUGACGUCCCACACUGUGCGCGGCUUGUCAAAAUGUGGCAUACCAUGACACUGUGGUGCGGCUUGUGGAAAUGUUGCGCACCAAGCCACAGUGGGUCGCAGCUUGUCGCAAUUUGGGGCAGCUUGUCACAAAAUGGCGCAGCUUUUCGCAUUGAGGCGAAUUUUAUCGCAGUGCAAUUUACUUGCCACAAGUCACAUGCCACUAUGUCGCAAAAUGUCGCACUAUGCGGAUAUUUCGAACGCUACGUCACCACAUCCCUUCCGCCUCCUGCCUUCCCUAGUACUUAGCUCGCCUCAUUAUCUCGAUCAAUUCCCAUUUCGCUCUUUUCUCUUCUUUUCCUUAUCACCUCUCUUUCCCUGCAUCACUUAACUUUUCUCGUCUAUUAAAUUUCCUUCAUCACUCCUCUGUUUUUCUUAUCCCUUAUCUUCUACCACUUCACUUACCUUUUUCCUCAUCACAUAACUUUCUUCUCAUCACUUCCCUUUUCUCUCAUCACUAUUUGUUUCCCUCAGCAAUUUCACAUACCCUUGGCAAUUUCCUUUCCUAUCAUCACUUUUUAUCACUCCCUCUCAUCCUUUAGCUUUAAGCUGCAGUUCACCAAAGAAUCUUGCCUUCUGUUGACUAUUCUUAGCGAGGAAACACGGUAUGUGUGCAUCCACUGUCUGUUGAUCCUACCCAUUAUUGGGCUCAGUGUCUAGCACAGAACAAUCUUAAGUAGGUAGCAUUAUGGAAGGUCAAGUCCAUGUAAACUAUUUACCUUAGCUAGCAAGAAACCAUGGCAAUCUCUUUAACUUGUAUGAUGUUUAGAGCUUUAAUUAGCAUGCGGGUAGCCUGUUCAAUUGCUGUUAUAGCAAAGAGUUCGAUAAUCUCAUUUCGUGUUCAGUGUGGUCCUCCCCCCCCCCUACUUAAAGCGUUUUUCCACGCUUUAGGGUUGUUUUCUGUACUCUUUAAGGUCUUUUUCUCUGUGCUUAAUAAUCGUUUCCUCCGCGCUUUAGGAUUGUCAGUGCAGUUAAAAAUUGCUUUUUCUUCGUUGCAGGUCAGUGUUUCUAUGAGUUUCAUGGUCAUUUAUUCUAAUUUUGAAAAACGCGUUCAGUGCAUUGAGAUAGGCUUUCUCGACAAUUUAGAGGCCUUUUUUUGCUUUCGAUGCGGCUUUUUGUACGGUUUCUGAACGUUUUCUAUACGCUAAGUGAAUGUUUUCAACAUUUGUUUAUCUCAAUGUUUCAUCAUAGCUAUUUGGAAUCUGUCAUAGUCCUCCCUAAAUUCGAAUAUUCUUGCUGAAUUUUCCAUAGUUCUUCAUAUUCCUGAAGUUCAAAUGCUGUUUAUUUGUUGUAAUAUUUUAUGUUGGUUUUAGAAUUGUUUGUUGUGUGUUUAAAAUGCUUAUUAGCCAUGCCGCGCCCACCCCACGGAUGCUUUCUAACUUUUUUGAACCUUUUUGACUUUGAUGUUUUAUAAUAGCUUUUUAUAUUCUGUUUUACUGUUUCUGUUAUUUGUUUGAGCGUUUUCUGAUCGUUUUAAGUUUUCUGUUUGCCUUGUGAUUGUCUUCUGUGUUUUAUUGUGUUUUUUGCUGGUCUUCUGUUAAUAUUCGCCCUAUUUCCCGUGAUAUUUACCUCGUCUUCUCCUGAUAUUUGCCCGGCAUUGAUAUUUCACCUGCGUUGUGUAGGGGGCGCGGUGUUGGGGGUAACGCUAUGUUGUAACGGCGCCACCCUCCUCCCAAUGGUCGCCGUCCAUCAUGUGUCCACGUAUUACCUUAUUAGUGAACAUCAUAAUCGUGUUACUAAUAGCCAGAUGACGCUGGCUUUAUAAACCGGGAGAUUUCAGGAAAUCUCUUCAUUAGUUGAUACGAAUAGUUUAAAUUAAACCAUAAUUGUUUAAUCAUGUAAAUUUAUUUUUAAGGUAUUGACUGUUGGUAAAUGCGAUGUAUUUGUUUCUACCCUUUAGCUAUUAAGUCUUUAAUGCUGCAGGAUUGACCUGGAGCGGCAUCGCUGGCUGCAUUCCAUGAAGUUAGUGACUGAUAGUUCAGCACGAGCAGUUUAAGUGGUGUUGUAGGGGCACUAGUAUCGAGCUAUUAGUACUGAUAGUAACGUUAGUUGUAGUGCCACUAGUGGCAGCGCUGCAACACCACGAUGUGUUGUGGCAUUCGCACGCUGGUCCUGCCUGUUCCUCACCUAGUACGGAACAGCAGAAGUCACAUGGUGUGAAGGUGUUUAAAUCUUCAUUGGGAUCCAUGAAGCGACGGAAGUGGGGCUCUCACGAUCCAUUAACUUUUAUCAUGAGUGGGUGGGUAUGAUGCUCGUUGUCUUUACUAUACGAAGAAAACCCUUGCGGGUUCAAGUUUCUGCUCCUCGUCUCCUUGCUGAGCUUGUUGGUGGCGAAGAGAGUUUAUGUCUCCAUGAAAACUAAGCUGAAGUUUGCUUGCAUGAAGUCAGCAUGAUGCCUUCUUUAGGCCUUAAUCCUGCCUUGCGCUCCACUGCAGGUAAUCGUCGUAUGGUCCCACUCCUGCGACAAUUGCGCCUUCAGAUCUGUGCGCAUUUUGGUGAGAAUUACAAGCAUUCGAUAUCUGAAGAAUGUGUAUAGUGUUUUUCACCUGUGUAAUUGUGUAUGAAUUAAAUGUAGAGUGUGUGUACCAGCCGUAUUGCGUGUGUGAAUGAGCUGUGUAAUGCAUGUGGAUGGGAUCUAGCGUGUGUAUAAUAUGUAUAACGUACGUGGAUCAAUAGUUUAGUGUAUUUGCAUCGGCUGUGUAGUGUAGUGUGUGGAUGAGCCAGGUGCGUAUAUGUAUCAGCUGUGUAUACCUGCCAUGUUUUAAUUAGCGAGGCAAUCCUACAGCACCUAUAGUAAUUUUAUUUGCUAUUAAAAGUUAAAUUUAUUA